CUUCUGCUGCCAAGUGGAAAAAAGACAGCGGGAUGAUUGCCUGUAAGCCAAACUGGAAAAGCUGUUUUCUGUUUCACGUGAGCAAAAGUGGUGUCAUAGUCACCUGAAGGAGAACAACUGGCUCUGGCUUACGGGGAAAAUGAGCUGAGCAGAUUUAAAGAAGUUCCGCUCGUUAUCUCAGAAAGCCAGAAAGUGCUCGUCUGUGCGUGUGCGUUUGUGCAGGCUGAAGCGUGUGCCUCCGUGCGACCCCAGAGAGGAACGCAGCCCCACGCAGCAGCCUGCCUGCAGCAGCAUAUUUCCCGCCAUCGGCAGCUGACCUCCUCCUUCCUCCAUGUAUGUGAACCCAAGGCUGCAUCUGGAAUGCUAUUGAUCUGUGGCAUUAGUCAGCAGCCUUUUCCCAUUGAAGGCCAGCUCUUUCCCAGCUUCUGACACGUAAUUCUGAUCCCAGCCUUUCACGUACCACACACUCCCCACCUGCUCAUCUGGGAGAAGGUCAUUAUCCCCAGGCUAUUCACUGGCAAUGGAGCAUGCAAGAAUGGAUGCUUCUCCUAUUAUGCUUCCUAUCUCCCUGAUUGGCUGCGGAGUGUGGGAAACUCCACCAAGCGGGAGACCCACAGGCUCUCGGGGAGGCUGCACAGUAUAAAUAUUGUGCAGAGGCAGCUUUCAGCAACACGUUUCUCCUGGACUUCCACUCUGAGACCUUCCUCCCUUGCUCAGGACAGAUGGCUCCCAGCACUGUUUUUAUGGAGCCUGACAACCUGCUGACACCGAAGGAGAAAAACAAACUAAGGAAGCCGGUGGUGGAGAAAAUGCGCCGCGACCGAAUUAACAGCAGCAUUGAGCAGCUGAAACUGCUCCUGGAGAAGGAGUUUCAGAGACACCAGCCCAACUCCAAGCUGGAGAAAGCUGACAUCCUGGAGAUGACCGUCAGCUACCUGAAGCAGCAGAGCCAGCUGCAAAUGAAGACUGCAGGAUCCUUCCACAAAAGCUCUCAGUUUGACUUCAGAGAGGGCUAUUCCAGGUGUUUGCAAGAAGCUUUCCAUUUCCUCUCUCUUCAUAAAGUCCGAACUGAAACACAGACCAGACUUUUGAGCCACUUCCAGAAGAGCCAGACAGCUGCCUCGGAGGUCGCCCUUUCUCCUGGGAAUCCCAGCACCCUGAAGCAAGCAUCUCCAAAAGACGCCAGUACUCUCUGGAGGCCCUGGUAGUCAGGGGAGUCUUUACUCCAUGGACCUUUGCCUUUUCCAGUCUAGAGGAAGGAUCUGACUGCAUCUGAUAGUCCAGUUCUGAUCCUCUCUUCUGUAGGGAUUUUUAUUUCCCCAUGUAUUUUAUUUAUAUAUGAAAAGAAUGCCAUACUUUUGACUUUUAUGGAAUCCUUUGGCAAAAGUUCAGGCAUUCUGGUGAGUGGUAUUGAAGCUGUGUAGAUGCUGGUUGUAACAGCACAUGGCGUGCUGCCCAGUCAGGGGCAAAUGUCUUCAAAAUGAAGGAGGGUAUUUUGUAAAAGUUACAGUUGUGACGGGCAGGAGCUGCUGUAGGAGAGAUUUCUCUCAUGUUGCCUGUAAGAGCCAUCGGCUUUGCUCUGGAUUGACUAGCGAUGCUUGUUUGCUCAGUCACUCCGGAGGAUAAAUUCACUACCCUUAGGUUCAUGCACACUUGAUUAAAACCUAUUUCUCUCUAUUUGCUUAGAACUCGUACAGCAUCAAAGAUGGUUUCUGUUUUGUUUUGGAUCUUUCCUGCGAUGACCCUUUCAUAAUCUUAGAAUAUAAAGUGUGAUGAACAGAAGCUAAGGAAUUUAUGUGGAAUAUUUCUACUAUUUUGCUGCUUUUUUCAAUUUAGAAAAAGAGUAUGUUCUGCUUUAUGUUAAAGAAAAGGUAGUAGGCAAAAGACUUGAUUGUUCAAUGUUAUACAUUUUGGGUGUAAGCUGUGCUUUUUCUAGCAUUUUCAUUAUAAUAAUGAUUUUUGUCUGUAUUGAGUGGUUUAAUUCAUGGUGGAUAUUGUUUCUCCCACUAUUGGGACAGCCCUAUGGGGUACGUGCAUACUGUGUAUGCGUCUCUGUGUCUU